CGCAAAAUAACAUUUCGAUUUCGACCCUUUUACCAGGCCGUCUUCUACCUUUCCACUCUUUGAUAACCCUCCUUCCCGUUCCAAUCCUUCGAAUUAUCUACCUUUCAUUCAGAAUGCAACACCCUCCUCAAUUUUCCGCCGCCGAGUACGUCAACGAUUACUACCCUGUCCCCUCCACCAAGUUGGAUUUGAUGCAUGACACCGCAUUGUAUCCCUCAGUCCAGCCUGUCACGGUCCCCAGCAAUGCUUCCUUCUAUGGUUCUCCUCCUUCUGCUGGGGCUUACUAUGACCCUUCAUUUGGAUUCAGUUCCAUGCAACCCGGAAGCCCCGACUCAUUCAUGUCGGCCAUGACCCCGUCCACUCCUCCGAUUGUGAUGAGACAAGAUCCUCCGAUGCUUGUCGCUUCCUCGUCGUCUUCGACUGUUUCCUCCACUUCAUCGACGGCCUUCCUCAGUGAAACGUUUGCCAAGGUGUCUUCGUUACCUGAAUCUUUCUAUCCGGAGUUUUUGCAGUAUUCCAAGGAAACGUAUGAGCAACAAUCGGUGACCAAGAAGCGGAAAGCACAAGAUGACACGAUCCCAACUCAGCACGAUAACUCUGAUAAAGACCAAUUGAGUUCCAACUUUGCUGAGUAUCGCAAGCAUCGAAAGCUCGACCACCAGCGAUCUCCCUCUCCACAAGAGGAUUCGGGGUCCGAUGAUGGGACCAGUGAUGAUAUGCGCACCACGGCUGAAAUGCGUCGACAGAUCCAUAUUCAAUCCGAGCAAAAGCGUCGUGCCCAAAUCAAAGACGGGUUUGAAGAACUCCGUAACGAGUUGCCUGCUUGUCUGAACAAAAAGAUGAGCAAAGUGGUCCUGUUACAUCGCACCGUUCAACAUAUCCAGCAUUUGAAGAGUACGCAAAUGGUCAUUUUGGCCGAACUGGAACGCCUUGUGCAUGAAAAUGAACAACUUCGCUCGUUCCAACAAGGUGUGCUGCAGAAACAAGCGCUGGAGAAUAUGUACUCCAUUGGCACCAUGUAAAUCCGUCCACGUACUCAUUUCAUCACUUCUUUUCUUCUACGCACUACUUCAAUUUCCUGUUUCUAUAUUGCAUUCUCUCUAUCUAAGCCCACUUUUUUUUAUAUGUCCAAAUUUUUCCUUUAAUGUCGACUGCCUCUACAUAUUUUCUUUUUUCUUUCUUCAAAUUUAUAGAGUCUGUUCUAAUGUUCCUUUUUUUUUUCUCUCUCUCUG